AGAGAGAGAGAGAGAGAGAAAAGCCACUGUGCUUAAAUCCAGCUGGCUGCCUCCCUGAGAAUGUAAUCCAUAUGUGUGCGCGGCUUUAACUGCAAGAGAAAGAAAACGAUAUUACCCGCAAAGAAGCGAUUGUUUCUGCUUUUCUUGUUUGAAUUCCACUCAUACUGGCCUCUGGACCCUGGCCCCAUUUCAACAACCGACACAGAAAGAGAGGUGAAGCAGAAAGUACGACAAAGUGAAAGUGUAGAGGAAGCUGAAGAUCAUAAAAGUGAAUUCGAAAGAAACAAGAAACAGUAAGAAUGGAGGAGACGGAAGACAUAGCAAGUCAAAAUGACGCAAAUGGACCGGCUGGACACCAAGUGAUCCAGAACCAUCUGGAGGAGAACGGACAUAUCCAGAAACUUUUGUUGAGCUCCAAUUCGGAAAUGAACGGCAAGGCGGGUGGUAGAGGGCCCUUGAACAAAGCCAACGAAACCAACAGCAACGGCAACAAUCUCAGCAUGGUUUCAGAAACCCCCUCGGAUACCCCGAGCCAUGCACGGCAGGCCGGCACGCGUACGCCCAAACGUGCCGCCACAUUCGGGAAGCGCUCCAACUCCAUGCGCCGCAACCCUAACGCUCAGGUGACCCGGCAGGGCUGGCUGCACAAACAGGCGAGCAGUGGAGUGAAACAGUGGAAUAAGCGCUGGUUUGUGCUAACGGAUCGAUGUCUCUUCUACUAUAAAGACGAGAAAGAAGAAGGGGUCUUGGGCAGCCUUCCCCUACUCAGCUUCAAGAUUGGACCAGUCCAGCUUUCGGACAACAUCAGUCGCAAGUUUGCCUUUAAGGUGUGGUCUGAAAAGGAAGAAGAGGAAGAGGAGGAAGAAGAGAGUGAGGAUUUAAAAGGCGGUAUUGCUUUCUGUUUGCAGGUAGAGCACGCAGGAACGCGAACGUAUUACUUCAGUGCAGACAGCCAGAUGGAGCAGGAAGAGUGGAUCCAGGCCAUGAAUGAAGCUGCCAGUGUCCAAUAUCAGACUACGCCCAGAAAUCAAUCUGAACCCAUUUCUCCGGCCGACCAAAACGACACGGUAGCCAAAAGACUCGAACCCAAUUCUCAUUCUGAGAACAACGGUCAGAGGCCACACCCCCAUGAGCCUGUCAACCAUGAGCACAAUGGGGUGGAGACCAGAAAUUCCAUGCCCACCACCCCGGUGAUCCCAAAUGUAGAAGGCAGGAUAGGGGAGAAAGGACGCUUGGCACCACAUCAACCCAACGGAUGGGGUAACUACGGUCCUUCUAACGGUUCUAGAUACCAGUCCCAAGAGAACAUGAGGGAUGUACGGGACCCGCACGAGGAAAACGUAGUGUUGCGGAGAGGCUUUGUGCCAAGGACGGCACCGGAGAGACUCGCCCAGAGAAAAAGCUCUAUGACCCAGCUGCAACAGUGGGUCAACCAGCGCAGAUCCGUGGUGCCACCAGAUGAUGGGCGCAGUCCAUCUAGGUAUUACACAGUACCGUGGUAUGUCACCGAUUACUACAGUACGUACGGCGGGCCUCCAUUUGUGGAGGAAUAUCCCCUAUACCCACCAGGAGUACGCCCUGAAAGCAUCUGUUCCAUGUCAGCUGCGUACGAUCGUCCGCCUCCUCGCUGGUCUGCAGAGGAGAGAAGGCGAUCAUUACGAGACGGACCCUUAUAUGGGCAACCUCGAGACCCUCAGUGGAUAAUGGGACCCCAGGGCCCUCAUCCAGGCUAUUACACCCAAGUAGAUGCAGCACAGAACUCCAUGCGACGACUUUCCAUUCAGCCGCGAUCACGGUCCGUUCCUCGUUCACCUUCUUCCUCUUCAGGAGGACCAUACUCUCCGCACAACUUUGCUUCGCCUGCCCGGUCGCCCAGUACCAGGUUUGAUCGAGUGCCUGGUCGCAUAAGAGAAGAUGGUAUUUACGCCAACCCUGCGGUUUACGGCCUGCGCAGGUCCCUCAGUUCACCUAAGUAUGAUUUCCCUGGAGAUCGCCGCUCUUACAGCCAAGGCAUGUACCACUAUAAUUACCCAGCAUCCCCCUCUCUCCAUAGUAAAAUGGAGGACAUUUUAGACCUGCAACUUCAGAGGAACCUGGAGUACCUAGAUCAGCAGAUGACAGAGAGUGGUCACCUAAUCGGCAUGGUAACCAGAAUGGUUGAACGUUCUUCUCCUCGUGCAAAGCUAUUUUCACAAGUGCCUCCAUUCCAUGAAGUGUAUGGCGACUUACAUCCCACGCUAAAACUUAACGAGAUCGAAACAAGUAAAUUACUCAACCGUCUGUGUGAACAGAAUCGACUAGUGAAAGAGCAGGAGACUGUAGUUCAUCGUCUACGAAUGGAAAAGGACAGCCUAGAGGGGGUGCUGGUGGCCACACAUCAGGAGAUGGAGCUGUACAGGAGCCAGCCACUGGCCAUGGAGAAACUUCAGCUGAAAAAGGAGAGUCUUCAAAACAAACUGAUUAACAUCAGAGGAGAACUAUCUCAGGCUUCAAGCGCUUUGACCACCACUCGAGUGGAGUUUGAGGCUCUGGAGGACGAGGUGAACGCCAUCCACGGUGACUUAUGGGAGCAGCUGAAUGCUGGAGGGCAGAGUGAGCUGGUACACAUGCACAUUCAGAAAGAGUUUUGGAGGGUUCAGGAUAUCUUGGAGGGGCUGCACAAAAACAACCCAUCCCGUGGCACAGACACGGCCAAGCACAGAGGAACCAGUGGAGCAUCGGGCUCCUUCAGCACAAACAGUCCAGCGAGCCCCUUGAGUUCAGUGAGUCUAACAAGUCCUCUCAGUCCCUUCUCACCUGUACCUGGAUCCCAGUCCUCACCCACUAAACAGCUGGCCACAGAGGAGGUUGGCCCUCCGCGACCUCCACUUCCUAAAUCUUACCAGCCCCUGGAGACCUCCCAGUCCUUUCCCCCCUCCAUACCGCCCCUGCCUUUAGACAGCAAUGCCUGGCUGCGCAGCAUGGACCCUCAUGCAGGCAUCCACCAGGAAAGCUACAAGGACGGUGAAGAUUCCCACAGCAGAAAGCACAACUACAACUCACAGGGAGAAAAAUCUAGCGAGUUUGAUUCAGAGCAAGACAAACUGUCUAACCAAAAUAAAGUUGGAGUUGUUCCACCCAGGACCAAGUCACCUUCAGAUGAUAAGAGUAAUUCUGGUGGCAUUCAGCGGAGAAAUGGAAAGAUUCCCAAUGGUCACAUUUCCAGGGAAAGGCCAAAGAGUGCAGUGUUCCCUGCAGAGGUAAAGUCGAAAAUGAGUGUGGAGGAACAGAAUGAAAGAAUACGAAGACACCAGAGCAGUUCUGUCAGAGACAAGAGACGAAGCCUCAACCUUUCCAACAACCUCUCCACAAACUACAGAGUGGUGAGGAGGAAAGUGACACCCGAUGAGGUGGAUAUUAAGGGUUUGGAGGCAGCUGUGAGGGGUGAAAAUUUUGAGUCUCCCAGGCAGGAAAUUGCUCGCCUGCGACGACAGGUGGAGCCUGAACACUACGACCUGGAUAUCAGCAGAGAGUUGUCUGCUCCAGAAAAAGUCCUGAUUCCCGAGCGAUAUGUAGACCUGGAGCCCAGUACACCACUUAGCCCGGAGGAGGUGCAGGAGAAGCAAAAGAAAGUGGAGAGAAUCAAGUCGCUCAUUGCCAAAUCAAACAUGCAGAACGUGGUGCCGGUGUUGGACGGGCCCGUAGAGGGACCCAGUAACUCAGAGCAACAGCUUCAUGAACAAGAGAAGCGUAUCGAGAUCUCGUGUGCCCUGGCCGCAGAGGCUUCCCGUCGCAGCCGGCUGCUCUCCGCCCAGUGCCCCUCCAGUCCCCCUGCUUCCCCAACCAGUCUGGUCCCUCCCCCUUCUGCUGACUACUCUGACUCCUCCCACAUCAUGAAGGUGUGAAGCUCAAGCACUUGCAGCUGUCAAAUUUGAUGGUGAACCCUUCUGAGUGUCCAUCGGAUGAUGAUUGAAAACCAACGAAAUAUGUUUCGUCGCAUCUUUUGAUUCCUUACAUCAUGCAGAGAAAUAUUUCAGUGUUUGGAUGUUAGCGGAGGUCUGUUCAUAGAACGAGGUUCAUCUUCCUGCAUGUCUUGUUUGUCAAACCCACGGCAGAACUACACAAAUUAAUCAAUCAGAUGUUUGACUUGAUUCAGAGGAUGGGGGUCAUAUUACAAAAGCUACAAAACUAGCCAGAAAGUGGAAUAUGUUUACAGGUUCAUGUUUGCUCAAAUUACAUUGACUGAAGCAUAUACAGAAAUUCAUGCUGGGUACAGUAAAGCCGCUCAGGGUGGAUUUUCUUCAGGCACGGGUACGUCGACAAGAAAGAGUGUCAUGAGAAAGAGAUGUAAAGUCUGAGAUUCGACUGGAGGAAAAUAGCCAUGGUAAAGGAAGUUCCCGAUAAAGGACUACGGCAAAGUUGUCAAGUCAGAUAUGUUAGAGACAUGUGGACCUCCUGGAAUGAAUAUGAUCAUUUCGAAACACUAGCAACAAUAUCCACUGUGGAUACAGGUUGGAAUGAUGAAAGCUGACCAAUGGGAUUGUCUGGAACGAUCCGUCGUCUGAGCACUGACAUCAGUGAACGGACAGGCUUAGAUGAAGGGCCACUUGUCAUUGGACACUUUCUCUCCAUCACCUUCAUAUAGAGGAGUUCAAGGCCAGAUUCACUGUGACUUCUCCUGGCCUCCUUUCCGUUCUCCUCUUCCUUUCUAAACAUAGGGCUCACAAACCCUCUUCCUCACCGAGUACAACCUAUUGCAGUCUUUGAAACCAUUGUCAGGCCUUUUAUUACAGUGUAUGUCUAUAAAGAAAGCUUAUAUAUAUAUAUUGAUAUGACUUUUAUUCUAAUCUUUGCAUCAAAGCCAUGUGGACUCAUCAUAGUGCUUUAACUGCUAGGACAGUAGUUACCAAAAACCGGUACUUAAAUACUUGUGUGUGACAGAAUUUUGAAUAGUAGAGUUGAAUAUUUGAAAGUGUCCUUAGAGGUGUAAGUCUGCUUGUUUAAACACAACGUGUGUUGACGUCGGGCCAGCAACUUGCAUUAUAGCCUGUAUAUAAUAUCAGUAAAUUAUAUAACCUGUCACCCCAACAGAAUAUAAAUAGCCCUUAUUCGUGGAUCAUUGUGCCACUGGGUGAUUCAUUUGGCUGGGUGGCACAUUUUUUUGUGUAAAUAUAGAUGGUACUUUACAUGCAAUUAAAUAUUUUGGAUUAUUUUUCUAUUACCUUUUACCUCUGUAAUCAAGCUUCUUGAUUAUAAUGUAUUAAAAAGUUUGCCAAAUAAAUCUCCUGUUUUGUACUUUGGCUAAAUUCCCCAUCGUUCCCCAUACAUGCCAUGCAAGUUGUUCGCCCAUACUGUGCUUGUUUUUUAAGGAACUUAAAUCGUCUGACUUUGGUUUAACUUAACUAAUAACUUGCCUCCGUUUAUGUAUAAUAUUCUGUUUUGUGAGAAUUUGUUUAACAGAGCUGUGUAUCUUUUACUUUCUUGCAUUGACAUCAAGUCACACCAUGACUGAUAAAUUGUGAUUGUGUU